CACAUCAUGGCCGCGUUCUCGACAGUACUGUUGCUCUCGCUCGCCCUCUUUCUCGUCACGGUCUUCAAUGCGGUAACGACCUACCGCUACGACCUCCGCCUGCGUGCUAUAACACCGCCGUCUCCAAAAGAAUACUCUUGGUGGGGCAAUGACCACCCGGACCAGCUGCCUAUCAAUGUCGGGCGCGUCGGGAUUGUGUGGGAAGACCCCGACGGCUGGGGCCUACUCGAUGAUGCCCAAUGGGGCUCGCUCUUUGAGACGGACGGCUUUAGCAAAGUGGGCCCGCAUGACCGCACAUUCCAGAUCUCGAUGAUGCACCAGCUGCAUUGCCUGGACGUCAUUCGCGUCGGUUUCGUCACGAACCGCACCGGUUUCGCCCACCACAUCGAGCACUGCCUGCGUUACCUCCGCCAGAGCGUGCUCUGCUGCGCGGACACGACGCUCGAGGAAGACGAACCCCACGUGAAUACCAGUGGGAUCUGGGAGCAUGCGGCUGGCGGAUAUGGGAUGGUGCAUGAGUGUCGGGACUGGACGGCGGUGAGGCGGUAUAUGAAUGCGCACCCUGCAGAUGACUGCAUCACCCCAGACUGUAUAUGAGAGUAAAGUUGGGAUGAAGCUCAGAUCGUCCCAUGGAACAAUCUCUGACCCCUCAC